AUGAUAGUACGCAAGAACACAAAUACACUAAGUAAAUUCGAUACUUCCGGGCCGACUAUCAAGGUGACCAAUUCGACGGCUCACAUCCACAAGUCCAUCGAGGAGACGACUGACUUGCUCGUUUCGUGCUUCCACCGUCCUGCUGAGUCGACUGCAGAUACUCCUUUGGAAGAGUCCAUCAGCGCGCGGGACGAGCUUCGCCGUGCUGGUACGACCAAGUUCAUCGGCUUGUCCGAGUGCUCUGUGGCUAACCUGAGAAAAGCACAUGCUAUCGCUAAGAUUGAUGCCAUGCAAGCUGAAUACUCGGCGUUUGAGACGCUUCACGAAACGGACGGCCUCAUUGACACGGCCAGGGAGCUCGGCGUGGCAUACGUGGCCUACAGUCCCCUCGGUCAUGGCUGGCUCGUCAACGACUUCAAGUACAAGCCCCCGGACGACUUUGCCACCGAUGAUUUUUGCCGCACCUGCAAAACACCCAAGUUCCAAGGCGACAAGGUUUACAAGAACAAGGCCAUCGUCUACGAGAUCCGGAAGCUGGCACUGCGCAAGGGCUGCUCCGUGGCCCAGGUGGCGCUCGCUUGGGUAACGGCCCAGAGCAUGAUCAACAUCCCAGGAACGACGCGGGCAGGGUGUCUCGAGGAGAACUGGCGGUCGCGGGACGUCCGGCUCACCGACGCGGAGAGGGCCGAGAUGCGCCGGAUCGUGGACGACGCGAAGCCGGUUGGCAAAAGGUACGCGGAGUACCGCGAGGCCAUGGUCGGGCAUUAA